UCAGUGCUCAGCCUUAAGGAUUUGAAAAUCUUCGUUCCGGAUGCAGUCAUCAUGGGAAAUGCAGCCACAUUGUCGUGCCAAUUCGAGCUGGAAAAGGCAACACUAUACUCCGUUCGGUGGUACUUUGAGGCCGAGGAAUUCUACCGGUUCGUGCCGAAGGAAUCACCUCCGGCAAGGACUUUUCCCGUUUCCGGCAUCACAGUCGACGAAACCCAAUCGGACGCCACGUCGGUAACGUUACGCGGUGUAACGCGGGAUCUGUCGGGCCACUUUCAGUGCGAAGUUUCCGAGGACGCUCCGCUGUUCCACACCGACAUCCGGCACGCCAAGAUGCAGGUCGUCGAACUGCCCAAGGAGGAUCCGAUGAUGCAGCUGGAGAAGACCCACAUCACCACGAUGGAAAACUUCCGGGCCGUGUGCACGGUGGGAACGUCCUUCCCGCCGGCCAACAUCACCUGGUACAUCAACUCGAAGAAGAUCCACCGCUUACCCUACCAGCUCAUCACGUACCGCUCGUUCAAGGGCACCCCGACCUACUCGUCGCUGGACAUGAACCCGCACAGUCAGGUCCUGCAGGACAUCUAUCGGACGAUGCCCCCGUUUCAGACGAGCCUAUCGAUAAUGUGCGAGAUUUCCAUUCUUCACAUCUACACCAAAAGCGUCCACAAGAUGAUUAUCGUGAGCGACCUGGUGACGACGGUUUCUCCAGCACUGCUCGGUCUGGAUGGAUCGCACAACCUACGGAACGGUGAUCCGGACAAUUCGGCCCUAACGGUAAGUGGUGCCCGAUCGGUUGUCGGGGGCAGCAGCAGUAGCACCAUCUGGUGGCUACUGGCGGUAGCAGUGGCAGUAGUGUACCAUUCCGACAACAGAGUGCGACGCUUGUGACCGACUUCGGUGGCAGUGUAAAUAGAUGUAUGAAUGUUGAGCUCCCAUGUAAGGUGGGGAGCGGCAAAUAUGGAAAUUGGGAAUACACAGUCACACAACAACACACACACACAUACACACACAAACAUUCACUCUCUGAGCGAGCACGGCUCUUACAAUGAGCGGCAGAAACUAAACAUUAUAUUUAUACAGAAUCCAUAUAGGAAAGGAUGGGACAACCGAAACUGUUGUUAAGAUGUAAAAUAUAUGUAUUUGAGCUUUUUACUAAACGUAACCACUUAGGCAUACCAUUCCGAUUGCUUCACUCGACGAUUGUGCAUAUUGUGAGGUGGAGAUGAAUUGGUUGAAAUUAGUUUUCGUUGAAACAGCGUUUCGGUCGUUUUUGCAGACUAAUGCAAUCCCUGAGGAAGGCUUCGGAUUCGAUCGAAACGGUGAUGAACCUUUGUCACAAAUUAUUCAAAUCUUCAACCUGAUUUCACUUGAAUGCAAAGCAAACUCUCCACAAUCAGAAAAUAGAAACAGAGCAACCCUCACAUAACGUGUAAGUCAAGCAAAUCAAUUAAACAAACAAUAAUGUAAUCCAAAAGUGAGAGAGAAAAGGCAACAAAAGCAACCGAUAAGCAGAAGUCACAAACCAUAAUAUGUAAGCAACGUGUUUCGUUACGCAAACAUACAAACCACACUUAUUCGAUAGAAGUACCAUGAACGAAGGAAAAGGAAAACGCUGAU